GGGCCGGGCCGGAGCGGGCGGUGCCCGGUGGGCGCCAUGGCGUUGCCGGUGCUGUCGAGCUCGGCGGUGAAGUUUCGGCGGGUUUUGGCGCAGUUCCCUCAGGAGCUGAGCCUGGCCUUCGCCUAUGGCUCCGGAGUGUUCCGGCAGGCGGGGGCCCCUGCUGGGCACGGCGAGAACAACAUGCUGGACUUUGUGUUUGCUGUUGAUGACUCUGUGACCUGGCAUAUGAUGAACUUGUUAAAGAACAGGAGUCAUUAUUCCUUCUUAAAAGUUUUUGGGCCAAAACAGAUCAGUAGUGUACAGAGCUAUGGAGCAGGAAUCUACUACAAUACUCUAGUGCCAUGUAAUGGCAGGAUGAUCAAAUAUGGUGUAAUUAGCACUGAUACCCUGAUUGAUGAUUUGCUUCACUGGAAAACCCUCUAUGUGGCUGGACGGCUACAAAAACCGGUGAAAAUACUGACGCAGAAUGAGAACAGCAAGCUGCAGGCAGCUCUGGUGAGCAACCUGAAGAGCGCUGUCACGGCUGCCUUCCUCAUGUUGCCAGAGAGUUUCUCUGAAGAAGACCUCUACAUGCAGAUUGCAGCACUCUCCUACACGGGUGAUUUCCGAAUGGUCAUAGGAGAAGACAGAUCGAAAGUGCAGAACAUCGUGAAGCCUAAUGUCCCCCAUUUUCAGAAGCUCUACAGUAGCAUAUUGCAGGACUGCCCUCAAGUGGUCUAUAAGCACCAUCUGGGAAGGCUGGAGAUUGAUAAAAGCCCAGAAGGUCAAUUUGCACAACUAAUGGCUUUGCCAAGGACUCUGCAGCAGAAGAUAACCUCCCUGGUAGACCCUCCUGGGAAAAACAGAGAUGUGGAAGAAAUUCUACUGCAAGUUGCCCAUGACCCUGACUGCGGAAUUGUGGUGCAUCAAGGCAUUUCGGGAAUUGUGAGAUCUUCCAGUAUAGUGCAGAGUGCUAAAACCAUACUGACAGCUGGGGCAAAGAAAUCUGUAACUUACAGUGUGAAGAAAUUGUAUAAAAUGACCAGGGGAUGGUUAAGGAAGACAUCUUGAGUCUUGACAUACUGGUCUUUAAUCUCAGGAUUGUGUGCCUUUAUUAAAUUCCCUACUGUCACAAGCAAGCCAUUUGAUGUUUGGCUGCUCCUAAACCUCACAUCUGAGGAACAUAUAAUGGUACCACACAGGGUGCUGGCUUCCUCCACGACUAUGUGCAAGAUGUGCCUCCUUGCCACUUAUUUCCACUUCUUUCAAGUACUGGAGCACUGAGGUCAUCCAGGUGGCUGGUUCUCUGGCCCCUGUAAUACUGGCCAUGCUGAGUACACCUGGUUGCUCCAGCUGCAGAGACUGUAUUUCUCACCUGGAGGUGAUAAACCAGAGAGAUUUCUCUACAGAAUUUGGGUAACAGCUGGGAAAAACAGCUACAACCUUCUCAUGAACAAGGUACCUCGAGGCAGCUGAACAAGUGUGGUUCCUUGCUGUUGAAGAGCUGGAUUUUGUAGUAUCCCACAGCCUCCUGAUGUUUGCAACAAACAUCUUAGCCAAACUGGAAGACAGAGCUGGAUCCAAAGGCCAGUAAUCCUGGAUGGCUUUGGGAACUGGACUGUGAGGUCUUUAGAUCGAUUGUGGGGUUAGUGUUGGAGCCUGCUUCAACUUGGGAAACUGUAGAAUAAACACAGCAGUUGGUGAGUGUCCAGUGGAGGGGGAUCCAAGCAGGGCUGUGACUCAUGCCUUUUCCUGGCAAUUAAUUUAAAAAUAGCAUUGAAAUUGAAAUAUGCUUUGAAGGGCAGAAUGUUGGGUCAGUCUGUGUCUGAGAUUUUUUUCCUGGGUAAGGUGCUGAGAGAGGACCAAAGCAUGUUUCGUUCUCAGACCCACUUCUGCUGGCCAUACGUUCUGAGUGUGUAGGAAAUGAAUUUCCUUUCUGUUAUCUGCUGCAGGAAGGAGAGAUGUUGCCUCUGCAGAGCUGUUUUCUGGUGUGGUUUGAUUUGGAGGGAACAGCUGCCCUGGCAUUUUUGAUACUGUGGUUUGCAGUGACCUUAUUUACCUGUUUAUCUGGAUAAAAAUCUGCAGCACAGUUGCUAACUGAUCCUUAAUGGCUGCUUUAGGGAGAAGCUGUAAUCAUUUUACUCUGGCAUGUUUUGACCUCUUACUCAGACAAGUUAAAUCAGAAACGUUAAGAAGCUGAGUAAGUUUUAGUAUGUGAACAGGAAGCCUCUGGCUAUGCAUUCUGACAUUAUUAAUGAAAACUCCAAAUAUUUCAGUUACAUCUUCUGAGGAGGAGCUUAGCUGUCAUUUCUGCCUUCAGAAUCCAGCAUUCUGCCCAAACCUUUGUCACUAAUGACAGUUUCAUUUUGGCAGUUAGAGGUUUUUUGUCUGUGAAGAUAAAGGUCAUGCAGCUGCAAAGAACAAUAUUCUGAGCUGACCGAAACUCCAUGCAAGUGUAAUGGCUCUAGAGGGUUCCUCGUGGCUUUAAAUACAAUUUGAUCAGCCUUCCAGGAUUCAAAGGCAGAUCUGGGAGAGCUGGGAGGGACUUUUUACAAAGGCGUGGACUGACAGGAUGAGGGACAAUGACUUCCAACUGGAAGAAGCUGAAUUUCCUCCUAAUGUCUAAUCUAAAUCCUUCCCCAGGAAGGUGGUGAGGCACUGCAACAGGCUGCUCAGAGAAGUUGUGAAGGCUCCGAGCCUAGAAGUGUUCAAAGGCAGGUUGGAUGAGGCAUUGAGCAAGCUGGUCUAGUAAGAGGUUUCUGUGGCCAUGGCAGGGGAGUUGGAACUAGCUGAUCUUUAAGAUCCUUUCCAAGGCAAACCAUUCCAUAAUUCUAUCACCUUUAGGAGCUUGCAACCAUAAGAGACUAUCUUAAACAAAAAAAUAGCCACAGCACUCUGUCCUUUGUUUCCUUCACUUGUUGUUGUUAUACUGUGAGACCUUCUCUGACAGACUUGAGCCUGAUGCUUAAGAUGCCUCCCAUACUAAAUUAAACAAACUCCCAUGUUUAAUUAACAUUUAGUUAAGUAAGUGUAGUUAAAUAUCUCAUUUUGGCUUCAUCAAAUUAAUCUGUGGUCCUGCUCUUACAUGGAAUCUCUCUAGCUCUGUGGUGCACUUGGAAGGCUGCGUUCCCACACAGCAGGUUAUUAUUUUAGACUGCCUCCUGCCAAAGUCUCUCCAAAGGCCCUGCUUUAAAAUCAGUAGUGAAGUAUGAGAAGGGGGCAUCCAGUGUUCUUCUGAGGUUUGUUUGUGGUUUGGGCUUUUUUAUUUAAGGUUGCUGUCUUGCUCCUUUGCAGUGGUGAAAUGUCUGGCUCACUCCCUGUAUAACACAACAGUGAGAGCCAAGAAGCCAGUAGCUUCUUGGAAUGCUUCAAGCAGUGGUGCAGGAGAGGGGAAAGAGCUGACAGAAAGCAGCCUACCAAUGUCUGCCUUGUGAUGCUGGUGCAGUGCUCAGCCUUACAGUCUGGGGCAAGGCUUUUUGAAAGCAAAUGCUUUCCACAUCAAAAUCUAGCCACUCUUCUUUUGGUUUUCCCCAUGGCCUCCCAAGUCUGGUGUUGGGGCACACAUUCUAGAUGAUGAGAUUGUGCAUGCACAUGGGUAGCUCUGACCCUGUAUUCCUGUGUGAGGAAGUUGCCAAGCAGAAGAGCAAGUCAGUAGCUAUUUGACAGUUUGAAGGUGGGUUUGGACAGACAAUCAUAGGUGAUUAAAGUACCUGACUGUGCUUUAUUGUUAACAACGGUUUUAAAUGGAUUAUAUUUAAAGGUUGCACUUGCAUAGGUGAUUUUGAAGUAAAGCAUCUGUUUUCUUCUGCUUUACUUUUUGGUGUUUAAAGAAUGUGUCCCCUCUCUUCCUUGUCAGCUUUAUUGGUGACUAAUUUCUCUUCCCAGUAUAAAAUGGAAAAUGAAUGUCCUAUUAUUAAAAACAACAGGAGAAGAAACAGACUCCAAACCUUUCUUUCCUCCUGAGUUCAUGACUAAAAUGUUCUGCUGGUAGGCUGAUGUUCCACUUGCUGUCCUGUCCCUGCUACACAUGAGGGCUGCCAGCAGCAGGGCUGUCCUGUGGGCACCAGCAGCCUUCCACACACCCUGCUGAAAUCACCAUGGUCAGGGCAUGUCUGGAAGCCUGAGGAGAAAGCUUGCUGAUGAGAUACCUGACCUCACUCUGGAAAUUGCUAGUCAGUGAGUAUUUAACAUCCUCAGUAAUUACCCCAAUCAGACUGUAAGAGCUGUGAAGCUGGCACAUAGAGUUGGUGCAGGUAUUCUUAUCCAACAAACAUGACUAAACUUGAUUCUUGCAUCUCCUAGUUACUGAUGGGGCUAUUCAAAAGGGCUUUGGAUAGUCCUUUGGUGUCCAGCUCCUUUAGGCAGGUGUGUUAAUUUUGUCCAGUGACUAACUGCUCUGAUGUGUUUGGUUUAAAAGACAUUCUGAUGACUAAAUGCCCUUUCCUUCCAGCCUUGAAAUGCAUGUAAAUUAUGUAGCUUACAAUGAGUUAGUGUGUAAACUUGCCAAGUCAUCUUGCACCUAAUCAUGAACAGUGGCCUGUUUUAUGGUUUUAAUGGUCCCAGCUGCACUGAAGUUUCUCAUGUUCUAUAAGAAAGGCAGGAUAUGAAUCUAGCAGGGAGUUAAGUCUGUCAUGGAUAUGUGUUGCUGCAUGUGAAGAGGGGUAGAGACAGGACAAAAAAAGUUACUGUACAAAUACAGUAUAUAUAUUUUAAACAUUAAUUUAUAAGUUAUUCUGAAUAUUGACCAACAUCAUUUUAGAGGGGCUCGUAGUGAUAGGACAGGGAGCAAUGGCUUUAAGCUGGAAGAGGGGAGAUUUAGACUGGAGGUUAGAAAGAAAUUCUUUAUAGUGAGGAUGGUGAGAUACUGGAACAGAUCGCCUUGGGAGGUUGUGGAUACCCUGCAGCUAUUUGAGGCCAGGUUGGAUGGCUCUAGUGGGAGGUGUCCCUGCCCGUGACAGGUGGAGCUGGAACUAGGUCCCUCCCUACUCAAAUCACUUUAGUAUGUGUAUCACUGGUGAUGCUGAUCUCAUUCAUAAACCAAGUUUGCCAUUCAGAGUUUUGCUGUGAACCAGCUUUGGUCAUUUUACAGGUGUUUAACAGAACUUCAGCAAAUUGAAUGCAGUGGGUUAUGGCCAAAGGGUGCUUUUGGCUAGUUCAUCUGCCACUCUCUUGGUGUUUUCAUUCAGCUAUCUUUGGUUGUCUUCAUCUUAUGGGAACCUUUGUAGCAUGGAAUCUUCUCUAGAGCAAAGUCAGCAAAAAGAAGCUGUGGUUAAACGUUCUGAAAGAGUAGUGUUGUUCAUAUUUCUGCUUGGCAUUGAAGCUAUCUCAUUGUUUGCUUGAAGAUUAUGCUGCUGUUGUGACCCUGCUCCAGCUGAAAUUACACUGUCUCUUUUCAUCUUCCUUUGGAUGAUGGGGCUGACAAUUAUGAAGAGGGCAAGCUUUGUCUUGAAGCAGGUAAUAAAUAACCAUCUCCAUCAACUUACAGUUUGGACUGACUUGUCUGUCUGGAAUGACUGCAGUUUAACACAUCAUGGGCUGCUGAAAUAAUAAACUGUAUUUUAAAACAUUAAAAA